CACUAAUCCUCACCGCCGCUUUCAACAAACGCUCUUGCAGAAAAUGACUACCUCAAAGCGCCUUUCCGGAAUGAAGGUUGCAAGGUUUCAAAGGAACAUUACAAAGAGGGGAUCUGGGUCAACAAAGAAAGGCAAUGGGUACCCUGUCGGUCCAAUUCUUCUUGGCUUCUUCGUCUUUGUGGUUGUUGGAUCAUCUAUUUUUCAGAUGAUUAGGAUGGCAACCAGCAAAGGCACGGCUUGAGGAGGAGAAGAGGAACUGAGGGGAUGAAUAAGACAUCGGCCCUUAAAACAUGUAAUGAAUGAGUCGUGUUAGUUAGCUAAAUAAAAACGUUGCACAUAUGAUGUCUUCUUGACAUCUUGGUUUGGUUUUUUAAUGAAUAAAGUGCAUGUUUACGGUU